AUGUCGCUAAAUAGGUCCUCCUCCUGCGUCUUACGGACGAGACUCGCACAUGCGUUAGGCUAUCUUGAUUACCCUGUGGACGCGACAGCCGAGCCCUACCUGACCUACAUAUACAAGCUCCAUGUUGGCAACGGAGCUUUGGAAGAGUGGAUUGAGCUCUUUAUUGAAGUCAUUGGACACUUUGAUGCCACAACAAAUGGGACAGGAGAUGGCGAGAGUAUACAAGCCCUCAUCGACAGGUUGGUAACAUCAGGAUAUCGCAAAAUAUUCCUAGACACGCAAAACGGUCAGGCUGCAAGAGUGGAGCACGUUGAGGAUACUGUGAUGUACAUUUUGGGAUCUUGGGCGACUAUGUUGACCUCAUUUGUACAGCAGCGCAAUCAGUCUCGCAGAAUCAUCACUGCUUAUAGGGCACGAUCGGGUCCUUCGAUCUUGGUAUCUGAGCCAUAUGAAGGCAAUGUCGCGGGGUUGAUCCGAGAUUGCGUCAACGGCCACGAAUCACUUUCAAUCAAAACUACUCGACUCAACGCGUUCACAUUGAAAGUUCUAGGUGCAGUUGAGAUCACAUGGACGCAGAACAUCUCUCGACACAUGAUGCUUGUAAACUCGGGCGGGCAGUAUACGUUAGAGUUGUUCUCUUUGCCAUGUGCUUUCACCGCCACCACCUCGGCUAGCAUUGGUAUCCCAGCAGAGCUCGCCCAUGAGGUUCAGGAGUCAUAUGCAAUGCUGUUCAAUGCGUGGUCCGAUGUGUCGCUCCAUAUCAGACUAGGCGCACAGUUUGGUAUUCGAAGGAGCUGCUGGUGCUGGUCGUGUUCUGCGUACCGUUACCGCAGAUAUUCCAUUGCAGAGUUUGAGCGAAGUACCAGCAUACGCGCAAGAGGGAAGUAUAGAGCAGAGAUCGAACGAAGCGAAUUCGAUCCGCUGGUUGUCAAGCUUUCAGAGAAUCCUGCGCAGCAUGAUUGGACGCCAGAUGACUUUCCUUACCUCUGGCCGCGUAUUGCUCGACUUGAUCAACAUCUCCAGACAGCAAGACCCUGGAGUUUGUGGAUAUUGUUUCGUGAUCGAAGAGACACAAUGCAGUUCUGGACUUUUCUGUUUGCCACUGUCGUUGUACUCUUGACCAUAGUACAGGUUUUCCUAGGCAUUGCACAGGUGGUUGGAUCUUUCGAUCGAUAG